UUUGUAAGCGAACCUUUUGGAGUCGAUGUCGUGUCCAAUUGUGACUUGUAGAAAUGACAUCGGUAAUUCUGCGCCGAUUGGCUGUGAUCUGUACGCAGAUGUCGAACUAUAUAAAAACCAAUUCACCCUUCGUGAUUGAGGCGCUAAUGGUGUCGCUGUGCUUUGGCGCCAUUAUAAGCCGAUACAUAGUACUAAUAUAGUUGAUGAAUAUACCAUAAUCAUGUGAAUAAUAAUAAAAAUGACAAAUCGACAACUUUCUCUAAAUAGAA